CACGGACAAGGAAGGUGCAUCUCACUAACUUCAGCUAUUUCCAGUGAACGCACAUGUGUUCAACAUUUGUUCUCGGCCGACGACACGCGAGUUUUUAACCCCAGCUGAUCGAGUCGAGUAUUUUUCGUAGUGACGUGUAUUGCUGUGUUAAAACACGAGAGCAGUCAGCCUCCACUGUCGGGCAGACGAAACUUCGAAAACGCCGUUGAACUAUGGACGCCUUUCCGAUAAUUCUAUCGCUGUUGUUAUUCACUGCGAUUGUGCCCAUGUUCGAAGGCUGCGAUCAAACCAGACAAGGUUGCAGAAUACAAGAAGGAAAAUGUUUGUGCGGUAUAGGUUGUUACUCGGAGUACAGAUACAGCAACUACGACGAAUGCCAUAAAGCGUUGAAAGGUCGCCGAUACGAUUUUUGUGCACAAGGUCCGUGUAACCAUAACGGCGUGUGCGUACAGACAUCCCAGGAACCCGGAUACAAAUGCAGAUGCUCCGGCACAGGAUAUUAUGGCGCUAGAUGCGAGAUCAAAUGCCAUGGACAGAAUACGACAACAAAGCAAGAACUUCCAUUUGAAUGUAUCGUUAUUUAAGGAUACGGAUAUUAUUAUUAUUAUUUUUUUAAUUUUAUAAACAUUUUUCUUUUUACCAUAAUAUAUCGUCUAACAGUUUAAGUACAUUUAAUUUAACAUUUUGAAUAAAAAUAAAUAAACAUAUAAAUAUAUAA